AUAAAAGAUAUACUUCUUCUAUAUAAGAAGACCACUAACUCUUAACGAGAAUACAUAUUCGAGUUUAUCAAAACACUGUUGUGGAGACUCUAGUACUAGUGAAAGAGAACAAAGCAGCCAGUGAACAAAUAUGGCCGAGACCGAGGAGGCGACUACAAAGGAGAUGCCAAAGACUUCUCUAUUAGGAGACGUAGAGGUAGAAGUUGAAAUCAAAUCUCCUGCGGUGAAAUUUUACCAAGUGUAUGCAGGAAGACCAAACCAUGUAGCUAAAGCCACUUCUACCAAAGUACAAGCAUGUGAUCUGCUCGAAGGAGACUGGGGAACCGUUGGCAGUAUUGUCAAUUGGAACUACGUUUAUGCGGGGAAAGCGAAGGUUGCGAAAGAGAGAAUCGAAUUAGUGGAACCAGAGAAGAACCUGAUUAAGUUUAGGGUCAUCGAAGGAGAUGUUUUGGCUUUGUAUAAGAGUUUCUUGAUUACUAUUCAGGCGACGACGGCGAAGGAAGGAGGAGUUGGAAGUGUGGUGAAAUGGCACCUUGAGUACGAGAGGAACGAUGAGAAUGUGCCUCACCCGGAGAAUUAUUUACCUUUCUUGGCUGAGAUGACCAAAGAGAUCGAUGAACACCUCUUAUCCGAAGAAUAGAUAGAAUCUUGGCAAUAUGAUCUAUUUCAUCGUGCUUUUGUUAGAUAACUAUGAGAUAAGUUUAUGAAUUUAUUGCAUGAUGAUAUAUAUGUUCAUUGUUGAUGUUAAGUUUUUAUUUUGUAA